AUGGCAGCAAUGGACAUUCACGAAGUAUUCUCCCAUCCUGAGGUGGAGAUGAUGGUGAAGAUGCAGGGUACCCCAUGGUUAUACGACUACACGCCCAAAACAACUUCUUUGUGCAUCAUUGAGCUGUACGAGAACCAAGCUCCCCGUAUACAGGAAGAUAUGAACCAUGAAGCUUUUGAACGUUAUUGCAAAAAUCAGAAUCUUUGCCUGAGGCUCGAUGAAACUAAUGGUCCAAUCCUUCGCAUAAUCUUCGCUGAUUCGAUAUAUGUUCCACCACCUGUCAACUUCAAAGUUCCUACGAAUAAACGGGUUGAUAACGAUAAAACAGUCCUGUUGAUGCAUCACUACCUCAAAGUGCCCGCCCUAUUCUUUCGCGAUCAGGCUCCGUCUGCAACCUACCUCACAAUUGGCAAUGCCAUGUUUACUCGAAGAGCAGCAACAGGAAAGCCGAAUGUUAUAGAAAUCAAUUCAAUGGUUAUCGACCCCCGAAAGAGUCUCCUCAAUAUUGAAAGGAUUGUGUUUACACAACAGAAGGCCAAAAACAUUUCAGAGCUACAUCGUGUUGCCCGUGACGUCCGUUUUAUCAAGGAUACUGUCGGCGCGUUGCUGGAGAUAAUCGAUCACGUCAUUAACGCACAAAAGCAACAUAGGGAGCUUUACGGUGUGCACAAUCAUGGUCUGGAUAAUUCUGUACACGACUCCCUGGCUCUUUUGAAAUCAAAGGCAAACUCAACGAUGCGUGAGGUGUCAAGUUUGGAGGGCCGGGCCUCUCUGAAGAUUGACCUGGAAUAUAGUCUCGAGAAUCAGCAAGAUAGCCGGACCAACUUGAAGAUUGCACGUUUGACGACUGGUAUUGCAGCUGCCGCUCAGAAAGACAGCUCGUCUAUGAUCACGAUGGCUGCUGUUACUAUGUUCUUCCUUCCAGGGACAUUCGUAUCCGCUCUGUUUAGCAUGGUAUUUUUUGACGCACCUGGAGAUACAAGGCCCGGUAAUCUUGUAGUUUCACCGCAGUGGUGGAUUUUUUUAGCCAUAACGAUACCUCUAACCAUUUUGGUCUUCCUUGUUUGGAUCGUUUGGAAGCGCUGGCGUACCAAAGCUCUGAAUCUUGAUGCUAUUCAGAAAGAAACGGAGGAAGAGAAGGCAUUGGAGCCCCAUUCCUAG